AGAUGAUCUUUAAGACGUCUUAUAUCCCGAUUUUAGACAUUAUGUUGUCCAAGAUGUUGUCUGGGAAUUUACUGUUUUAGCUACUUUUUUUAUUACAGGAGCAGAUUUUCUUGUUAUUCUAGCAAGAAAAUUGGCUCCUGCAGCAAAAAAGUGGCUAAUUAUGUUUAGUUGUCCAUAUGUAGAAAAUCUUUUCUUUUCUUGUGGCUACAACUAAUUAACAACGAGAUGAACUUUGUAACAUGGAAUGUUAGAAGUUUAUAUAGACUAACAACGUUUAAAGAGUUAAUGAAACAAUCCGUGUAAGAAAAUCUUUGAAAAUCAUAUCGAUGAUAGAAAACCAGGGGUAAAACUCCGCUGGUGAUGAACAACAUCAGACGGCUAGGCGUGCAUAAUUGGAAGGCAAGAUCCAGGGACAGAGAUCAAUGGAGGACAAUUCUCACUGAGGCUAAGGACCUUUUUAGGACUGUUAGAAGAAAAAGAUAAAAUAAACUACUUAAUGCUGUUCAUCCCACGGACACGCACCAAAUAGAGACUUUACCAACAGCGCCUGAAAAUGGGUGUAGCAAAUGUAAGUCUGAUUUGAAAUGGGUGGCGUAUCGAACGCUCGUCGAAAUUGAUGUCGACCAAAACGCCGACGUGUAACCACUCUCAGGUCUCUCAGGUCUCUCAGGUCUCUCUCUGAUCCAGUAGCAGCCAGUGGCACCGGUCACGGUUGACACGGGGUGUCACGUUUGGUCGCAGCAAUUAGCCACGUAUAUAAUCGGUAACACGUCAUGUCGUGCAACGAGAACGCUCCGAGUAAAAAAUUAAUGACGACAUGCACAAACGUGUCAGAGCAGGCACAUCAUGUAUCGCGGGCGAAGCGAGGUCAGGCGAUCGGCUGUAUCCGCGGCUUCCGGGGCUGUACGGUAUGGCUGACAGGUCUGUCGGGUGCCGGGAAGACUUCCAUCUCGUUCCAAGUGGAGGCGAUCCUGGUGAACCACGGCAUUCCCGCAUACGGCUUGGAUGGUGACAACGUGCGCAGCGGCUUAAAUCGUAAUCUGUCCUUCAGCAAGCAGGACCGCAAGGAGAACAUUCGCAGGGUGGCAGAAGUGGCGAAACUGUUUGCUGACAGCGGGCAAAUUUGCCUAUGCAGUUUCGUAUCUCCCUUCGAGGAGGACCGACAAGUGGCUAGGCAGAUCCAUAGGGAAGCUGACUUGCCGUUCUUCGAAGUGUUUGUCGACACGCCAUUACAAGUUUGUGAGGCUCGCGACACCAAAGGUCUGUACAAGAAAGCUCGCGAGGGCACCAUCAAGGGUUUUACCGGCAUCGAUCAGAUGUAUGAACGACCGGUGCAGCCUGAUUUGGUUGUCAAGACGGAAAAUUGCACCCCUGAAGAAUCCGCCUUGACUGUAAUCGAGUUUUUGGAGAAAAACCACAUAAUUCCACAGCUGAAAAAGCCCACAGCACCGAUCAGAGAGCUCUUCGUGCCACAUUCCAGACUAGCUGCUACAAAAGCAGAAGCUGAAACUCUUCCGAGCGUGGAAAUCAGUAAACUUGAUUUGCAAUGGGUGCAGGUUUUGGCGGAAGGUUGGGCGGCACCGCUAACGGGAUUCAUGAGGGAGCAUCAGUACCUACAAGCCCAGCAUUUACGAUGUCUGCUGGAGGACGGCAAGGAAGUAAACCAAUCGGUGCCUAUCGUACUGGCCAUUAGCACAGCAGAUAAGGACCGUCUGGAAGACUCGUUCGCCGUAACAUUAAGGUAUCAAGGCAAGGCUGUAGCAAUUGUGCGAAGACCAGACUUCUAUUUUCAUCGAAAGGAAGAGCGUUGCAGCUGGCAAUUUGCUACCAAUAAUUUAGCUCAUCCGUACGUCAAACUGAUUCACAAUUCUGGCGACUGGUUAAUGGGCGGCGAUCUCGAAGUACUCGAGAGGAUCCAGUGGCAUGACGGCCUCGACAAAUAUCGACUCACGCCCAAUGAGAUCCGCAAUAAGUGUCGUAAGAUGAGGGCCGACGCAGUGUUCGCUUUUCAAUUGAGAAACCCUAUACACAAUGGUCAUGCGCUACUGAUGCAGGACACGAGAAAACGUUUAUUGGAAGAAAGAGGUUUCAAAAAUCCCGUGCUGCUGCUGCAUCCGUUAGGUGGUUGGACGAAAGACGACGACGUUCCUUUGUAUACCAGGAUCCUUCAACACAAAGCCAUCCUAGAUGAGGACGUAUUAGAUGCCAAUUCCACGCUGCUCGCCAUCUUUCCUAGUCCUAUGAUGUAUGCUGGACCAAUUGAGGUGCAGUGGCACGCGAAAGCCAGAAUGAACGCUGGCGCAAACUUCUACAUAGUCGGCAGAGAUCCAGCAGGUAUUCCGCACCCCGACAAGAACGCUACACCUGACGGUAAUCUUUACGAUCCUACUCAUGGAGCUCGCGUACUCUCCAUGGCUCGAGGUCUCCACAGCCUCGAAAUAAUCCCUUUUCGCGUAGCUGCUUACGACAGCAGACACGCCAAGAUGGCUUUCUUUGAGCCUGAGAGAAAGCAGGAUUUCGAGUUCAUUUCGGGCACUAAGAUGCGAGGGUUGGCAAAAGCCGGCCAAAAUCCACCGGACGGCUUCAUGUCACCCAAAGCGUGGCAAGUGCUCGCGGAAUAUUACCAAAGCCUUGAUACAAAAUGAAUCAAAUAGCUAAAAGUAUAUUACAAUUAAGAAAUUAUUAAUUAUUUUCAAAAAUAAUUGUAUAGAGAGAGAGUGAGGCACAUGGAAUGUGACUUAAAUAUCCCUUUAAAUAAUGAGGAAAUGAAAAGAUUUAUGAUCGUUUGAUAUUGCUGGGGCGUGAUGUGUACUGAAAUGAAGAAAUAUUUCCAAAUAUUUGAACAAAUUCUCUUUAAUCUUUUGAAUCUGGAAUACUCCAGAGCUAGAUGAUUAUUCGUUCGAAAAUCUCCAGUUUUUCUGCCAAAAUAAGAAAUAUCUAUGUAACUAAUUUUAUAUAUACUCUACAUUUCUGCAAAGCUUCAAACAUUUUAACUUUUUUUAAAUAAUACUUUUUGUUAAAUAGUACUUUCUUUUUUUGUACACAUCAUCCUGUAUAUCCACAAUAAUUAUACUAUGUGUAAAAUAGAAUUUUAUCUUGUAUAAAUGAAGAUUGCAGAGUCUAAUAUUUUCAAUGUAGAUAGAAAUAAAAUAAAUGAUAUACAAGUGCCCCCCAAUUGCUCGCGACUUUAAUUAAUAUGACAGUUUCUUGAACUCAGAGACAAAAAUCUUUACAUAAGAUAUCGAGGCUAUAAUAAUUUUUAAAUAAAAAACAUUUUGAGAACUUUUCUCAUUUAAGAACUUUUAUAGCCUCGACAUCCUAUGUUAAGAUAGUUUUCUAUAUUUGAGCUCAGACCACUGUCGUAUCAGCUAAAGUCGCGAGAACUGAUACGUCUUGUACAGUAAUAAAAAUUAUAAAUAAAACAUACAUGUAAAAAAUUGUAAGGCCAGUAAGAGCUGAAUUUGCGCGAUAAUUGAAUAUUGCGAAAGAAUAGUAGAGUCUUAUAUAUGUAAGUAAUAAUUACGUACCCCCAUCCAAACCUUCCUCCGGAUCUUAAUGUCGCUAUUCCUACGACGUCAAACCAAUCCUUUUUUCCCGACUUACCGAUUAUUUUUAUUAAUAUCAAUAUUAUUUAUUAGUAUUCAUAGAAUAUACAUAGUUUAUUUAAGUACACCUGCCACUUUGUUAAUGUUACUAAGUAGCUAUUCACAGUUAUCAAGUCAGUCCUUAGGUAAUUAUGAAAAUAUUCUGCUUUAUAAUCGACAAAUAAAUUAUAAUUUUAGAUGAA